UGGUGAGAGGCGGAUCGCUUGGUUGGAACGCUUCCCUUCACUGGGCUGCUGCGCGGCUCUCUUGCACCUCCAGAGAAAGGCGGGGUGAGUCUAUCCGGUCUAUCCCAAGCCCUGUCUAAAAACGGACUCCUUCGGACAUCUGAGAAGGAAAAAAAAUCUCCGGGGCUGGAGCAAAAAGGCUGUUCAGAGGGAAACGCGUGUUGAGACCAUUCAUAUCUGAGACCAUUACGCACGGAGUUCAGAUACAGGAUUGGCCGAGUCCUUCACGUUAAUGACAAUUUAGUUGAAUCACUUUAAAAAAAAUACAGUGAUACAAUCAUUUAGAAUAGAAAUAUUCAUUUGUUACAGAGGUGAAUUGCAUGAUUUCUAAAAACUCAAAGAUCUAUCGACAAUUCAAAAGGACAUUUCCAAGGAACCAUGAAGGAAUUAUCAACUUUCUGCCACAGGGUGACUCUGGUUGCUCUACUUCUAACAACUGUCUCAGCUACCAAGACGAACGUACCACGACUCAGACUUUCAUACAAAGACCUCGUGGCCACCAACCGGUCCUCUAUCUUCAGUGGGCAUGACGGUCAGCUCUCUCUGACCGCUGUGUUUCUGGACGAGUACCAUGACCGUCUGUUCCUGGGGGGAAAAGACGUCCUCUACUCCCUGAGACUGGACCAUACCAACCCGGACUCCAAAGAGAUCUACUGGCCUCCGUUGCCUGGUAACAAAGAUGACUGUGUCCAGAGAGGGAAGGAUUCUCAGACGGAGUGUGGCAACUUUGUGCGCCUGCUGCAGCCCUAUAACCGCACCCACCUGCUGGCCUGUGGUACGGGUGCCUUCCAGCCCAUGUGUGCCUAUGUGUACGUGGGCCACCGUGGAGAGCAUGUUUUCACCAUGGACCCUACCAAUGUGGAGAACGGACGGGGGAAGGUUCCUCAUGACCCCAGCCUCCCCUUUGCGAGCACCUUUAUUGGUGGGGAGCUUUACACAGGGCUGACUGCAGACUUCCUGGGUAGAGACUCAGUGAUCUUCCGUAGUCUGGGAGGUCGCUCCACCAUGAGGACUGAGACGGACCAGAAACUACUGCACGAUCCUAAGUUUGUUGCGGCCCACCUCAUCCCUGAUAACGAUGACCGUGACAAUGACAAGGUGUACUUCUUCUUCACGGAGAAGGCCAUGGAGGCCGGAGACAGGGAGGGAGCCAUCCACACCCGCGUGGGACGAGUAUGUGUGAAUGACGCAGGUGGACAGAGAGUUCUGGUGAAUAAAUGGAGCACCUUCAUCAAGGCCAGGCUGGUGUGUUCUGUACCCGGGCCUCAUGGAAUCAACACACACUUCGACGAGCUGGAGGGUAUUUUCCUGCUCAAAGGCAAGGAUGAGAAGAACCCAGAUGUUUACGCCAUCUUCAGCACCAUCAGUAACGUGUUCCAGGGCUUUGCAGUGUGCGUGUAUCGUAUGGCAGACAUCCGGGAAGCCUUCAAUGGGCCGUUUGCGCACAAGGAGGGACCUGACUACCAGUGGGGGGCUUACGAGGGCAGAGUGCCCUAUCCAAGACCUGGGGUGUGCCCCAGUAAAAUAACCAACCAGCCUGGCAGACAGUUUGGCAGUACCAAGGACUUCCCAGACACAGUGCUUCAGUUUGCCCGGGGUCACCCCUUGAUGUGGCGCCCGGUGUACCCAGCCAUGAGGCAGCCUGUGCUGAUCAAGGCCAACGUGCCCUACCGCCUCAAACAAAUCGUGGUGGACCGCGUGGAGGCUGAGGACGGACAGUAUGACGUCAUGUUCAUAGGCACAGACACAGGCACGGUGCUGAAGGUCAUCGCCCUGCGCAACGGCAACUCUCUGGACACAGAGGAGGUCACUCUGGAGGAGCUGCAGGUGUUUAAGGUGCCAACUCCCAUUACCUCUUUGGACAUCUCAGUAAAAAGGCAAGCACUGUUCGUGGGUUCUCCAUUGGGUGUGGCUCAGCUGAGGCUCCACAGGUGUGAGACGUAUGGGAAGGCCUGUGCUGAGUGCUGCCUGGCCAGAGAUCCCUACUGCGCCUGGGACGGCACCUCCUGCACCCGCUACACCUCGCUCAGCAAACGCCGCUAUCGCCGCCAGGACAUCAGGCACGGCAACCCGGCCCUGCAGUGUAUGGACCAGAACCUCAGUGUGGAGGGGUUGGAUGUGACAGAGGAAAGGGUUGUGUACGGAGCAGAGAACAACAGCACCUUCCUGGAGUGUGUCCCCCGCUCCCCCCAGGCCACCGUCACAUGGCUGCUCCAACGGGACGACCGCAAGGAGGAGGUGAAGCUGGAUGAGCGGGUGAUGCGUACGGAGCAGGGCCUGCUGUUCCGCCGUGUGCUCCGUCAGGACGAGGGUGUGUAUGUGUGUCGCUCUCGCGAGCACGGCUUCACCCAGACCCUCACCCGCCUCUCCCUGGAGGUCCUGCAGGGGGACACACUGAGCGAGCUGCUGGCCCGUGACGACGCCCCCCUCGACGGUCCCCAGGGGGCGAAGGGCUACCGGGCCUGGCCUCCCUGCCACGCUCACAGGAGCACCGGCCCCCUCAGCCAACAGCGCUCCUGGUUCAAGGACAUCAUGCAGCUGAUUGGCCCGUCCAACCUGCCGCACGUGGAGGAGUACUGCGAAAGGUUGUGGUGCAACGACAAGCUGCGGCGCAAACACAAGAGCAUGCUGGACAAGUACCGGCAGGCGCAGGACAGCGCACGCAAGGCCCGCAACAAGGGCUCCGGGGAACGCAACCGGACGCCGCGGGACGUCAGCAGCCGACAGCCGUAGAGGGGAGGGAGGAACGGAGAGGGGGAGGAAAUAGAGGACUGGGAGAAGGACCACAUGACACAAUUAAUGAGAGACUGAGAGAGAAAAGGAAGAGGUGGUAGUUCCAUGUAUUGCAGGAAGAGAGACACUGCCAACAGACUGUGGUGUUAAGGGUUGAGACUGAUGUGGACGGGGGGGGAGAGACCGGGACUCAACUCAACUCUCCUUGACUUCAUGAAGAAACCCUCAACUGUUUUCACCAAGGGACCCCUCCUCCUCUCCAUUGCAACAUCAGUGACUCUGUAUAUGACUAUGGACUGACUGUACUGUGCUGUAAAUACUGUGUGGGGUUGGACUGCUACAACUGAUGACCUUUGACCCCUUAUGGCACCCAUCUCCAGUCUGUUUGCCUCACCCUGCACCUCAUCAUACUUCUUCUGGAAGAAAUGGGGCUUAAUGAAUUUUUUUUAAAGGGCUCUGUGGCUCACUUCCUGCACAGUAUUGCCUUCAAAGAGGUUCUAGAACACCGAAGCGCCGUUCAUUUUAGCAGUGUAAUCCCAUCACCCUGAAAGUUAUUCACAACCGUACAGUACGUUCUCAAGCAUGCAGUGUUGAGUGGACAUAUAAGUGCACUCACACAUCAUCCAUCACACACUCAGCCAUAACAACGCACCAGAGCAUUAUAACAACGCACCAGAGCAUUGCUUUAACUGAACGUUUUCAUGAGACGAUUGUUGACGGUUCAACAGAGAAAAGGCCUGUUUGUUUUAUCAGCUAGACUCCAGUUCCCACCAUUCCUAGUUGUGUCGUUCCUGACAAUGGAAGGAGAAGAACGGGUCGUUGGAGCUGAAUGUUCUGCUGGUGCUUUGUAAACACUGCUUCGUUAUUUAAAUACAGGGUUAGCAAUUAUAUUUCUCUCUCUGUUGUUAAAAUGCAAUGUUUUCACUGACAGACUUCGCUGAAAAGCUCUCCUUUCAAGGGCCCUGGUUGUAGGGAAAGGGGGAGGGGGGUCAGAGGAGUGAAGGGACAGGGAGGAUGGGACAGGGGUGAGGGUAUGAAAUUGGGCUGGGUUCUAAAUAAGGAAUAGGGGGUAGUGAAUGGGGUCGUAGACGUUGUGGGUGUUUUUUUAUUUAUUUUUACAAUGGGUGGUGGAGGGAUAUUAAAUGAGUUGGGUUAAUGUGGGUGGGUGGGGGUCAGGGGACAGCUAUGCGAUCCUCCUUGGUUGGCUUGCGAAGGCUAGCCAGGAGAAGUGUGGGGUUUAACAACUCCCACUUGCUCCCAUGCCUUGGUUGCUUUCACUGGCAUACAAACUUGCCUGUAGAGGAGGAAGAGGUGGGGGGGGGGGGGCGAGGUGGAGGAAGAGAAAGAAACGAAGAGAAGGAAAGGGUGGUGGAGGAAUACGGGCACUGACAGAAAAAAAAGGAGAGCUUAAAGUGCCAGUGUACACAACACACAGUUCUGUAAAAAUCCCGAAUCCGUUCGUGUGAAGUAACUCUUUGGAAAUGUGGCACGUUGUGUCCUGCCCAUGAGAGUGACUUCGGAAUAUGUAACGCAAACGUCGCUCAAUCUUCCGGUUUAUUUUCCUAGUUUGAGAAAAGUGAGCCCUGUUGCUUUCUCUCCAAAUAUUGUUUCUGAUCGUAUCUUCGUAAAACCAACCAGAAUGUGACGGAGGAGAGAGCGUUGUUAAAUAGCCCAAGUCCCCUAGGCCUUUUUUUUGUUGUCAAUUCUUUCUAAAUCCUAAUGUUUUAGUUCAUGAUUGGCGUGUCAAUGAGUUAACAUGAGAUAAAGCAUUAUAUCUCGAGCAGUCGUCCCUUCUAAUCAUGUUUCUACUGUUGAUGAGUAGAUUAGGGCUGCUAUACAGAGGCCCACCAGGUCUUAUUCUGAUUGGUUAUUUUUUUUAAAGCCAUUAAUAUAGCCUUGGAUAAAAGAGAAAAUGCUUUGCUCCACACAACACAAUAGCUUAUGGUUCACAGCUAUGGGGGGAAAAAACAGUAUUCAAGGGGUAUCAACACAAAUUGUACAGUGAACAUGAAUAAAACAAUGAAAACGCUGUUGCUGCCAAAACGUCAUUAGUUUUUGCCUGUUUUUAGAUUUUUGUGGCGCUCCAUCCUGCAGCUACUAUCAGCAAUAGUUUGAGGGAAAAAAUUGUGUUUCUGACAUACUUUGUGUUCAAAGUGUCAAUGUUGAACUGUAACAAAGUGAGAAUUCCAGUCGUUGAUGUGUGGUUUGUAACUCAUUGGAGGGGACUCUUUUAUAGGGCCUAAUGUAAAUGUUUGCUGUAUUUAUGUCUUAUUUAAUGAGCUCUCCUGCAUGCGGUGUAAGUGUAUGCUAUUUAACAUAUUAAUACAGUUUUUUUGUUUCUAACGUAAAA